UGCUAGUCUUCCAGUAAAGCGUGUUUCAUCUUAACUGUAGAACAACACAUUGCUGUUAUUGUAAAGAAAUGGCAACUGCAGGUUUCGACCCGGACACCGAGCGGGGAAUCAUGGCUGCAGAACAAGAGGCUGAAGAAACUGUUUCUCAAGAGCUGCACAGCCCCUCUGAGCUGAGGAUCGUGCUGCUUGGGAGAGAGUGCACUGGGACGAGUGAAGCAGGAAACACCAUCCUGGGCGGAGAGGAGGGUAGCGCUCGAUUCAGCGGCUCUGCAGAAAUGAGGGAGUGUGAGAAGAAAACAGGAGAAGUGGCUGGGAGACGGAUCACUGUGAUCAACACUCCAGAAAUUUUAGACACAGUCCAGGUCGAGAUUGAGAGAUGUGUUUCUCUCUCUGCCCCGGGACCCCACACUUUCCUCCUGGUGAUACCGGUGUAUCCAAAAGAAAUGAUUGAUGCUCGUCGUGAGUACCUAAUAAAACAGGAUUGCAAACCCUUUUAUAAAGUGCGGGAGCUGUUUGGUGAGAGAGCUGUGAGGAACAUGAUGAUCCUUUUCACCUGUGGGGAUUAUCUGAGAAGCAGGACAAUUGAGCAGUACAUUGAAGAAGUUGGUGAGGAGCUGCAGCAACUUGUUGAGAAAUGUGGGAACAGGUAUCAUGUCCUCAACAAUAGGAACAUGAGUUAUCACACUCAGGUCACACAGCUCCUGGACAAGAUAGACAACAUGGUGAAGGGAAGUGGAGGCUGCUACAUCCCAAAUGAGAUAUACCAGCAGGUAGAAAAAAUGAUUAGACUAAAGGAACAGGAGCUGAAUGAGAAACACAGACAUGAACUGUGCACAAAAGAAGAGGAAAUGAGCAGGAAAGAAGUGGAGAUGAAACAGAAAUAUGAGGAGGAACAGUGUAGGAAAGAAGAGGAGAUGAAACAGAAAUAUGAGGAGGAACAGAAGAGGAGAGAAGAGGAGCUGAUGGAAAAGUUGAAGAAGGAAACGAAGGAGGAUGAGCUGGAGAAAGACCCAGAGAAAUCCAAGAUGCCUGUCAGGAGAAGGAACAGCAUUGUAGCAGUCCGCCCUACCAUGUCUGGAGGUGAAGGAGAAGCUCCCCUUGCAGAUAACCAAGCGCCUCCCAGUCCCCCUGAGAUGAGGAUGGUGCUGCUUGGGAAGACUGGGGCUGGGAAGAGUGCAGCAGGAAACACCAUCCUGGGCAGGGAGGAGUUUAGAUCUGAAGCCUGCUCCUCUGCAGUAACGAGGGAGUGUGAGAAGAGAAAAGGACAAGUGGCUGGGAGGCGUGUUGCUGUGAUCGACACUCCAGAGCUCUCUCAGGACAAACACCAGAUUAGGAGCUGUGUUUCUCUGUCUGCCCCGGGACCCCACGCUUUCCUCCUGGUGAUACCGGUGGGCCGAUUCACAGAGGAAGAGAGGAGAGCAGUGGAGACAGUCCAGGAGAUAUUCAGUGAGGAGGCUGUGAGGAGGUACAUGAUGCUCCUUUUCACACACAGUGACAAACUUAAAGGCAAGACCAUUGAGGAUUAUAUUCAGACAGGGAGCAAGGAGCUCCAGCAGCUUGUUGAGAAAUGUGGAAACAGGUAUCAUGUUCUCAACAAUGAGGACAGGAGCGAUCGCACUCAGGUCACACAGCUCCUGGACAAGAUAGACAACAUGGUGAAGGGAAACAACAACAGCUACUAUACCAGUGAGAUGUACCAGCAAGCAGAGGCAAAGAUCAGACAAAGACAAGAGGAGAUACUGAAGGAGGAGGAAGAGACAAUAUUGAGGGAGGAAGAGGAACUGAGGGCAAAGAACCUGAAAGAACUGGAGAACACGAAAAGGAAGAUGAGCUUGGAAAUGCAGAAACAAGAUGAGAAGAUCAAAGAGCUGGAGGAGAGGAUUGGAGAGCUGGAGGAAGAGCUGAGGAAAAAACAGGGAGAGAAUCACAGGAUCAAACUGGAGGAAGAGCUGAGGAGAAAGAGAGAGGAGAGAGAAAGGGCAGAGCGAGAGAAGGAGGAUUGCAUGGAGAAGGGGGAGAGAGAGAGGGAAGAGUACGAGGAGAAACAGAGGAGAGAGAUAGAGGCAGUCAGGCAACGCUAUGAGGAAAUCAUUAGACCAGAAGCAGAGAGAGCCAAUGAGUUUAUAAGCACAUAUGAAAAACCAGCUGAAGCGAGAGGAGAAAGGGCAGCACUAGAGGCAGUGAUGAGUGCAGUAGCAGGAGUAAUGAGAGAAGGGGCUGAGGUAGGGACAGUAUUAUACACAUUAACCAGAGCAAUAAGAGAAGAGACAGGACUAGGGGCAGUAAUGCAUGCUGUAAGAGAAGCAAUAAGAGGAGGACCAGCUCAAAGGGCAGUGAUCAGAGAAGUAGCAGGAGCACUGAGAGAAGGGGUUGCGAUCGGGGCAGUAUUGCAUACAGUAGCAGAAGCAAUAGAGGCAGCACCACAGGAAACCAGUCAAGAACAGUAAGACGGGGUGGUAUUAUUGGACAGGGGGUGGUGUUAUUGGAAAUGGGGGUGGUGUUAUUGAAGAAUAUCCGAGCAUGAUCUAACAUCCAUAUUGAGAAACAACACUUGAUGGUUAGUGCUCACUUCAGUGAAUAUGGCCAGUAGGAGCUACACUUGGAACACUUCAGUGAGCACAAACACUCAGGUGUUUUUUUCUUGGUGGGGGGCACUCUUGAGCAAUGAGUGACUAAGACACAUUGUCCGUUUGCUGCCACAGGUGCUUUUAUAAAACAAAAGGAUAAACAGUAUUGUCAGUCUCUGACAUAUUUUUCAGACUUAUUAAGUCAGUGUAUUUGCAGAAUAUUUGAAACUCAGUUUAAAUUAUCGAAAUCCCCAAGAAGGCCAAACCACACCACUCUUUACUGAAGAGGGUGCCCGAGCCACUGAUGUACCAACCAAUGUCAUUAUCUGUGAUGAUCAAUGUAUAUAAACAGCUGAACCCUGAUUUGAAUGUGUUGCUCACCACUGUGAUGAUCAAUGUAUAUAAACAGCUGAACCCUGAUUUGAAUGUGUUGCUCACCAGUGUGAUAAUCAAUCUGCAUGAUAGUCUGCUCUCUUGAUUACUGCUUUACCUGAGAGCCGUCAGUAAAGUAGAAGAGAACAGAUCUCAAGCUGUGCUUUGUAUCCUUGGGAGUUAUUUUGAUCUCUGAGUUGUUCUGUAUGAAAAAUAUACAGAAAUUCAAUAUUUUUAUUUUUAAUCAGAAAUGUUAACUUAGACAAUUUUUAUGUUAUAUGCUUUAGCCAAUUUUUUUUUACCAGAACAUUGCAAGUAAUGUAAAGUAUGAAGGCGUCUGUUCUAAAUUUGGAUAUUCUAUUACAGUACAUUUGCAGGAUUUGUAGUGA